AUGGCCCUCAAUAGCCCGUUCUGGCAGAGGACACGGGCAUUUUUUGCCACUGGGUGGAUCUUCUUUUCUGCAGUAAGAAGUGGUUUGGGUCCUGCUGAAGGUCAUUGUCUCAAUUUGGGUGGUGUUUGCAGAAGAGAUGUCUGCAAAGUAACAGAAGAUGAAGUUGGUGCCUGCCGAAGAAGGAUGAAGUGCUGUAGAGCAUGGUGGAUUGCAAUGCCAAUUCCAACACCAGUUAUCAUGUCAGAUUAUCAAGAACCUCUUAAGCCGAAGUUGAAAUGA